UUGUGGCCCUUUCUGUUUUGUUACCAUCUGCAGCUUUCUAUAUACAAAGUUGGACUAAAGUUAGUUGUUUUUUUGCCUAUUCUCAACCUGUUCAUUCAAUUUUACCUGCUCUGCAUCUGCCUUAUCUCAUCUGUAGACAUUAGUGUUUGUCUUCAUUAUAAUUCAUAUCUUGUUUUCGAGAUUUUCUUGAUUCUGUGGUGCAUGGCCUUUUUGAUCAAUAAAAUGUGCCUAGAGUUGAGAUCUUGAAAUCAAGAUCAUAUUUUUGUCUCUGUGAAUAAUGCCUCCAACUUAUUUUCCACUGAGAUGGGAGAGUACUGGUGAUCAAUGGUGGUAUGCAUCUCCGAUCGAUUGGGCAGCUGCUAAUGGUCAUUAUGAUAUUGUCAGGGAGCUUCUUCAUUUUGACACUAAUCUCCUCAUUAGGCUCACUUCACUCAGAAGAAUCCGUCGUCUCGAGACUGUGUGGGAUGAUGAGGCACAGUUUGAUGAUGUAGCUAAAUGCAGAUCCCAAGUGGCUCAAAAGCUGCUCUUGGAAUGUGAAAACAAGAAAGGCCAGAACUCUUUGAUUAGAGCUGGCUAUGGAGGCUGGCUUCUUUACACUGCUGCCUCGGCUGGGGAUGUCGGCUUUGUUAAAGAAUUACUGGAAAGGGACUCACUUCUUGUAUUUGGUGAAGGAGAAUAUGGGGUUACUGAUAUUCUUUAUGCCGCGGCUAGGAGCAAGAAUUCUGAGAUUUUCAGGUUCUUGUUUGAACAUUCGGUUUCUUUGAGGAGUUCGAGUCAUGGUGGGGAGUGGGAGGUGAAUAGAGAUGAGAUUUCUUCUGUUUUCAAGGGGGAAAUGAUGAAUAGGGCUGUUCAUGCUGCAGCAAGAGGAGGGAAUUUAGAUAUUUUAAGAGAAUUUCUUCGGGACUGUUUGGAUAUAUCGGAGUUCAGAGAUGAUCAGGGAUGUACAUUGUUGCAUACAGCUUCUGGCCGAGGCCAGAUUGAGGUGGUUAAAGAUCUACUGGCAUCCUACGACAUGAUUGACUCGAAGGAUAAGCACGGGAACACUGCAUUACAUGUAGCUGCUUACAGAGGCUACUUAGCUGUAGUGGAUAUUAUAAUUUCUUUACAUCCAUCAACCACAUUCAUAACGAACAACGAUGGAGACACGUUUCUUCAUAUGACUGUGGCUGGUUUUCGCGUGCCUGGUUUUCAGAGGGCGGAUCGACAAAUAGAGCUCAUGAAGCAACUAAUAAGUGGACAGGUUGUGGAUAUGCAAUCCAUCAUCAAUGCAAGAAACAAUGAAGGAAAAACAGCUCUUCACAUGGCUGUAAUCGAGAACAUUAAUUCUGAAUUAGUGGAACUUCUACUGACAAGUGAAGCAAUUGACUUGAAUAUCCGCGAUGAUGAUGGCAUGACCCCACUUGAUCUUCUCAAGCAAAGGCCGCAAUCAGCAUCUUCUCAACUUCUAGUGAAGCAGCUGAAAUCAUUAGGAGGGAUCUCCCAUUGCCACGAUGAAAAAAGCAAGUGCACUGUCAUUUCCCAUCUUAAAUUGCAAGGAAUUGGCGGAAGCCCUGGAACUUCAUUCAGAAUUCCUGAUGCAGAUAUAGUUUCAUUCACAGAUACUGAGAGUUCCAAUGUCUUCAAUCAUGAUCCUUCAACUGCAACAUACAAUACAUGUUCAGGUGAACUGAGUCACUACGAUUCCCUUGAUAAGCCAAACUCAUUGGGAAACAAGAAAUUUGGUUCAGUAAACUAUGCUACAAGACACCUGAAAAUUCUGCUGCAUUGGCCUAAAAAGAAAAUUACCAAAGCUCACAAUACUGCAACCGAAGAUGAUGAUUCUCUGGAUUCAUAUAGUCGUAUCAAUGCAGGUUCAGACUACAAUCAAUGCUCACUACGACAAAGAUUUUCAAGAAACACAUCCGUCUUAAACAAGAAGAGAAUACUUCCUUUCCAGAGUACUCUUCCAAGUCCAUCCGCGAAGCAGAAGUUUACUACAGGCCUAACACAUGGAGUACUUCAGAUCACGCCAAAGUUUGGCCUUGAAUCGCUUUCUAGUCGUUACUCAGACUCGUCCAAGUCCUCUCCUAUUUCAUUCAAUCAACUAAACAGACAUGAUUCAGAAAAAGACGGUUGCAUAUCCAGCUCAAAUUCUAUUGUCAAUGGCGAAAAAUCACAAAGGUAUAGCAGACACGGUUCGUUCAAUAAGAGAUUGAUGAAUCAGUACCUCUGUUUUGGAGCACAAGGCAUUAAUGUUGAUGACUCGGUUAGCUGCACAAGACAAGCUCAUUCUGCAUUAAGUUUCAGCACUUAGAUGACUUGAGUAAAACACCACUCUUCUGUAUCUACUUAGUAUUUAAAUGCUUUUCGACUUCUUGGUCUCUCUGUUAUGCUGUAAUAACUAUUGGAACUUCAAGAAAAUGACUCUGGUUUUCUUCCUCAAGAAUACUCCCUCCAUUUUUUUAUAAA